UGAGGAGCUUUUUGCAUGUCAUUCUGCACUUUAGAAGAAAAGAUGAGACAGCCAUCUUGCUCUUGCCGUGUGCUGGUAUUGGAGGACCCUCCGUGCUUCAGAUUUACCAACAGCAUGAAUCAAGAAAAGUUAGCCAAACUUCAGGCUCAGGUCCGGAUAGGGGGCAAGGGUACACCUCACAGAAAGAAGGUGGUACAUAGAACAGAUAUAGCUAAUGACAAAAAGCUUCAGAAUUCUCUAAAAAAAAACCUGGCUGUGAAUAAUAUAGCUGGUAUUGAAGAGGUGAACAUGAUUAAAGAUGAUAGGACAGUUAUUCAUGUCAACAGUCCCAAAGUCCAAGCUUCCCUUUCUGCUAACACCUUUGCAAUUACUGGUCAUGCAGAAGCCAAACCAAUCACAGAAAUGCUUCCUGGAAUAUUAAGUCAGCUUGGUGCUGACAGCUUAACAAUCCUUAAGAAGUUAGCUGAACAGUUCCCAUGGCAAGUCUUGGACAGUAAAGCACCAAAACCAGAAGACAUUGAUGAGGAGGAGGAUGAUGUUCUAGAUCUUGUACAAAAAUCUGAUGAGGCAUCAAAGAAUGAAGCUAACUAAAAUUUUGGUUUUUGAAAGCUGGCAUGGACUAGAUUUAACAAAUCAGCUAUGUGAUUCCAAAGUUUUACAAACACAGAGAACAUCA